AUGCUAUGUGAGACCCCAGGAAACACCCUCAAGGCCCGUGUCUCUGGAAGGUACAAAUGCCAGACCCAGGACUCACUGCUAAGUGACGACGUGAGCUUGAUCUUUUCUUCAGGACAGCUCAUCCUUCAGGCUCCACACUCCGUGUUUGAAGAACUAUUUCCACGUCCAAAGCUGGAAGUCACACCCCCCCAGCCUAUGGAGGGCGGCUCAGCAAACCUGAGCUGUCAGACACGGCUGCCCCUCGAGCGGCCGGAUGCUCUGCUGUCCUUCAUCUUCUUCAGGGACCGCGGGGUCAUGCUAUCCAACUGGAGCAGGUCCCCGGAACUCCAGAUCACAGCCAUCUGGAGAGAGGACUCGGGGUCCUAUUGGUGUGCAGCCGCAGCUGGGGUCCCCAGCAUCCGCAAACACAGCCUCCCGAUGCAGGUCCACGUGCAGGGCGUCUCGGUGUCGGCAGUGCUCCUGGAGACCCAGCCCCAGGGGGGACAGGUGCUUGCAGGGGAGCGUCUGGUCCUCGUCUGCUCCGUGGCUGAAGGCACAGGGGACACCACGUUCUUCUGGCACAGAGAGGACACGGGGGAGAGUGUGGGGAGCAAGCGCCAGCGUUCCCGGAGAGCAGAGCUGGAGAUCCCUGCCGUCGGGGAGAGCCAUGCGGGUCGCUACUACUGCACGGCGGACAAUGGCCACGGCCUGGCCCGCAGCGGGGCCCUGAACGUCACCGUCACAGUUCCAGCGUCCCGCCCCGUCCUCACCCUCAGGACUCCCAGGACCCGGGCCGUGGUGGGGGACGUGGUGGAGCUUCGCUGUGAGGCCCAGAGGGGCUCUCCCCCAAUCCAGUACCGGUUUUAUCAUGAGGAUGUCACCCUGGGGAGCCGCUCGGCCCCCUCUGGAGGAGGAGCGUCCUUCAACCUCUCUCUGACCCCAGAACGUUCUGGAAACUAUGCCUGUGAGGCUGAUAAUGGCCUGGGGGCCCAGCGCAGCGAAGUGGUGACACUCAGCGUCACAGUCCCAGCGUCCCGCCCCGUCCUCACCCUCAGGGCGCCCAGGGCCCAGGCCUUCCCUGGGGACGUGGUGGAGCUUCGCUGCGAGGCCCAGAGCGGCUCUCCCCCGAUCCUGUACUGGUUUUAUCACGAAGAUGUCACCCUGGGGAGCAGCUCGGCCCCCUCUGGAGGAGGAGCGUCCUUCAACCUCUCUCUGACCCCAGAACGUUCUGGAAACUAUGCCUGUGAAGCCGACAAUGGCCUGGGGGCCCAGCGCAGCGAGGCGGUUCCACUCUCCAUCUCAGGGCUGACAGGGAGCAGAAGCGGCUCUGUUGCCACCGGCGUGGCUGGGGGCCUGCUCAGCAUGGUGGGCCUCGUGGUCUUGGCACAGCUGCUGUAUUACCGCCUCCCCAGGAGAGCAGGAGGAAGGCCGACCUCCGACCCCUCCAGGAGCCCUUCAGACUCGGACCCCCAGGAGCCCACCUACUACAAUGUUCCAGGCUGGAUGGAGCUGCAACCAGUGUACAGCAAUGUCAAUCCUAAAGGAGGAGAUGUGGUGUACUCAGAAGUGCGGACGAUUCAGGAGGGGAACAGACAUGCAGCGGCUUCAAACUCCGCAUUAAGGCUCCUCCAGACCUACCUGCCCUCCCACGGCCCGGCCACCAGCCAGCAGCGGCUUUCCAGACCCCAGGGCUCCUCUGUCAUCUACUCGCAGGUAAAGGUGGCACCACUCCCGGCCUCCGCGGCUCCUCGCAGCUGA